UGCUCGGUAAAAUGGCAGUAUGUAGCGGAGCCUCGUGUUGGUUGGGCUAGCUCCCUCUACCCGGGCUCAGUAACACAACUCCCACAACAAUUUCUGUCGCUUCUCAUCGCGUUGUAUGGAGCCUCCAUCAUCUCUCUAACCCAUUUACGGAGCCGGAACCGGAGGGAUGGCCACCGGGUUCGGUCCGGAAUAAGGGUGGGAAUGAACCGACACAAGGAUUACUGGUUCUAAACAAUUAUUAAUAUUCAAUGCUAGCGUUUGAUUGUGACUGACUCGCUGAGAGAGGGAGAGAGGUGGUGGUGGUGGGGGGGGGGGUAUAUCAUGGCCGCUCAGGUCGCCAGCGCCGCCACUCUUAACACUAGCCCGCCUUCUGAACUUAAAAAGCCGGAUCGAGUGCCAAAGGAAGACUCGGGUCCGGGAGAGAAGCAGUCCGACAAAAAGCAGACGGGUUUGGACAGCGGAUCGCCGGGCCGGGGGGAGCUGCAGGACGGAACUGAUGGUGGAAAUGCAGGGGGAGGAGGGGAACCUGAGAUGAAGAACGGGAAUGGGAACCCGCCCAGGGUGAACAAUAAUACGCCGAAUGACUCCGUAGGACCGGAGGGAAAUAACCAUCCCGGUUUUGCGCAUCACCACGGUCCCGCUUUCCCCCCACCUUCCUACGGAUACAGUCAUCACUACGGUCGGGCCGCUUUUCAUCAAUAUGGCGGACAACAAAGCCCUGGCAUGGCAGCUGCUGCGGGUCCGGGUGUGCAGUCGAGCAACAUGAUGGACCCGUAUCAACCCAAUUCACACGAACAUGGCUUUUCGAACCACCAGUUUAAUAAUUACAAUCCAUUCCCGAACAGGACUCCGUAUCCCGGCCAGGCGUACGCCAUGAACUCUCCUCGCAGCGCUCAAGCGCCGACAGCUGGGGGGCAGCCAGCUAAGCAACAGCCACCACCGGGAGGACCCACGGCGAUGGCUGGAUCUUACAGUAAUCAGAGAUAUAACAUUGGGAACCCUCAACCAACAUCCACGCCGACUCUCAACAAGCUCCUAACUUCACCCAGCGCUACGAGGGGUUACCAAAACUACCCGUCUGGCGACUACAGUAGCCAGGAAGGAGCUAGUAAGGGACCAGCGGAGUACGGAGGGAGCAACCCGAGUUGGCAACAAAGAAGCCUUCACCCGUCGCCAAUGAGCCCGGGAAGUGCUGGACAACCGCUCGCUAGAAGCCAGCCUCCCGGUCCCAUGGAUCCUAUGGGAAAAAUGAGAGGGCAGCCAUAUGGAUCAGGCAGUCCAUACAGCCAGCAGUCACAGCAGGGGCCUCCUGCAGGUCCUCAACCUGGGCCGGGGUACCCAGGUCAGGCUUAUGGCCCCCCAGCUCCUCAACGAUACCCAGUGGGAAUGCAAGGGCGUUCCCCAGGAGGCAUGGGUGCUAUGCCUUAUGGUCCACAGAUGGGAGCAUACGGACAGCCGGGACCAGGGGGGUAUAGCUCUCAGGGCCAGGCGCCGUAUUACAGCCAGCCAGGCCAGACUCCUCACCCAGGUCAGCAGCAAACCCUUUACCCCCAGCCCUCACCUGGACAAGCUGGAAGGCAGUCGCCUUACCCGGGGCAGCCCCACCCUCCCACUUCAGCUCCACACAACCAAGGAGGACCAGCCUAUCAACAGCCCCACAUGCCCCCACAGUCUCAGGGGCCACUGCCAGGCCCGUCUCAAGGCCCCCCCCAGUCUCAGCCGCCCUACUCUCAAGCGUCAGCGCCACAGUCCAGCCAGUCUCCCUACGCCCAGCAGCAGGGGCCUCCCAGUCAGACCCCGCAACAGUCAAGUUCCCAGGCUCCCCCCGGAUCUCAAGGCCAAACCAACUACCCAGGGUCCACACAGGGCCCCCCGCAGCCCCCCACACAGCAACAGCAGACGUCGUCUCAUCCACAGCAGCCCCCGGGACACAGCCAACACCCACAGGGGCAGUCUGCAGCGUACCCUCAGAACACCCAGCAGCAAGCACAGCAGUCACCUUAUCAGCGCUUUCCUCCUCCACAGCAGCAGGAGAUCUCCCAGGACUCGUUUCAGUCCAACGCUCCUCCAUCCACCCAGUCCAAACCUGGUCCAGAGGACAGUCAGGGCCGCCCAUCCAGCCUUCCGGACCUAUCAGGGUCCAUUGACGACCUGCCCACAGGCACAGAGGGGCCAGAGGGCGCCCUGAGUCCCGGCGUGAGCACAUCUGGUGUGUCGAGCAGCCAGGGCGAGCAGAGUAACCCCGCUCAGUCGCCCUUCUCCCCUCACACAUCCCCCCAUCUCCCAGGCAUCCGAGGGCCCUCUCCUUCCCCUGCCGGCUCCCCAGCCAGCGCCAGCACGCCCCGAACAGGACCACUAUCACCCGCCAACAUGCCAGGGACCCAGAUGCCUCCCAGACCGUCGAGCGUGCACUCCGAUGGGAACCUGCACCCCGGCAUGAGCCAGUCCCCCAUGGCGCAGGACAGAGUUCCAGGGUUCAUGCCCAGAAACCCGCAGAUGCCCCCCUAUGGCUCCCCCCAGUCAGCCUCUGCGCUGUCGCCCCGCCAGUCCUCCGGAGGACAGAUUCAUCCUGGGAUGGCGCCAUUUCAGAACAGCUCUAUGAGUGGCUAUGGGCCGCAGGGAGGACAGUACGGCCCCCAAGUGGGUUACCCCCGGCAGCCUGCUUAUGGAAACAUGCCCAACGCCAACUACCCAGGACCAGCAAUGGGCUCCAUGAACCCCAUGGCAGGACAGGGUGGAGGGCCGCCAUACGCUGGCAUGCCUCCAGGAAGGAUGCCUCCUAAUCAGAUGGGCGCACGUCCUUACGGUCCCAACAUGGGGCCGAACAUGCCUCCUAACAUGGGCAACAUGCCUCCACAGGUAGGCUCAGGAAUGUGCCCGCCUCCAGGAAUGAACAGGAAGCCCCAGGACCCGACGGCCAUGCAGCAUCCUUCCUCCAACUCCAUGCUGAACAGGAUGCCCGGUUAUCCCAAUAUGUCUCAAGGCAUGAUGGGUUCUGGUCCACCAUACGGCCAACCAAUGAACAGCAUGCCUGGAAUGAUGAACACUCCAGGUGGCUCACCCUAUCCCAUGGGGCCAAACAUGGCCAACAACACAAGCGGGAUGGCUGCAAGUCCAGAGAUGAACAAUAAGUUGAAUAACAAGGUGGAUGGCAGUGGAACUCCCAAGCCAGAAUCCAAAUCUAAGAAGUCCAACUCUUCCACGACCACAAGUGAGAAGAUCACACGCCUGUAUGAGCUGGGACCAGAGCCCGACAGGAAGCUUUGGGUCGACCGUUACUUGGCUUUCGUUGAAGAGAAAGCCAUGGGCAUGACCAACCUGCCGGCCGUCGGACGCAAGCCCCUCGACCUCUUCCGGUUGUAUAUGUCCGUGAAGGAGAUCGGGGGAAUGACGCAGGUGAAUAAGAAUAAGAAGUGGCGUGAUCUGGCCACUGCUCUGAAUGUGGGCACGUCCAGCAGUGCUGCCAGUUCUUUGAAAAAACAGUACAUCCAGUGUCUGUACGCCUUUGAGUGUAAAAUUGAGCGUGGUGAAGACCCUCCCCCUGAGAUUUUCACAGACAACAAGAAGAACCAGGCGGCUAAGGUGCAGCCACCCUCACCAGCGUCCCUCUGCUCCACAGCUGGGUCGGGCUCUCUGCAGGGUCCUCAGACACCCCAGUCCACGAGCAGUUCCAUGGCUGAGGGGGGGGACCUUAAACCGCCCACUCCAGCCUCCACUCCUCACACACAAAUGCCCCCCAUGCCACCUGGGUCCAGGAGCAGCGUGAACCUGCAGGAUCCCUUCUCCGAUGGCAACGACCCUGCCUUCCCCAGGAAGAACAUGACCUCCAACGCAACCUACCCGUCUGGCAUGAACACACCGGACAUGCAAGGCCGCAUGGGACCCUACGAACCCAACAAGGACCCCUUUAGUAACAUGCGGAAAGUGGGGGAGCAGUUUCUACCUGCCAGCCAGGGUCCCAACAGCAUGGUGGGUGACCAGCAGCAGCAGCAGCCACCACAGCAACAGCCUCCUUUCAGCAGAGGACCACCUGGGGCCAUGGGCACAAUGCCGAUGGGGCCCCGGCAGCAGUAUCCUUAUGCACCAGGCUACGACAGGAGACCGGAGCAGGGGAUGGGCCCCGAGGCUAACAUGGGAUCAGGUGCUCCUCAGCCAAACCCGAUGAUGCCCGCCAACGCCGACGCUGGGAUGUAUUCACCAAACCGCUUCCCGCCGCAGCAGCCACGGCAUGAUUCCUAUGGUAAUCAGUAUCCCGGGCAGGGGACGCCCUCUACUGGCUCCUACCCAAACCAGCAGCCUGGAAGUUACCCUCAGCAGAGUUACAAACGUUCCAUAGAUGGAGUGUUCCCUCCAUCAAAACGUCAUGAGACGGAGUACAGCGGUUCCUUCCCCGGAGGGCAGCAAGCACCACAGCAGCAGCAGCAAGGUGGCGCCUCUGCACCUCCUUCGGGACAGCAGGAGUCAUUCAAUCAGUACGGCGUAGGGAGCGGGCCGUACCCUGGCCCUGACCGCCGUCCCCCCGGACCCGGCAAUCAAUUCCCAUUUCCCUUUGGUCGUGAACGAAUGCAAGGAGCCUCCGGGCCAAAUGCGCAGCCCAACAUGCCCCCUCAGAUGAUGCAGCCAGGUGCUGAGGGUGCUCAGGGCGGCAUGUGGCAAGGGCCUCGAGACAUUAACUAUCACAACUACCCUAACCGGCAGGGUGGGCCUGGUGGCCAACCACACGGUCCCGGGUAUCCUGGUAUGAACCGCUCAGAGGAUAUGAUGUCAUCAGAACAACGCAUGAAUCACGAUGGCCAGUGGGGGGGUCAAAUAGGCCCUCGGCAGCCUUCUUACGGUCCAGCUGGGCCUGGACAGCCUAUGCCCCGUUCAGUUCAGUCCAACUACCAGCCCCCUCAGGGUGUGCAGAACCACAUUCCACAGGUGCCCAGCCCGGCGUCCAUACCCCGCCCCCUGGAAAACCGGACAUCGCCUAAUAAAUCUCCCUUCAUCCACGGAGUAAUGAAGAUGCAGAAGGCCGGACCCCCGGUGCCUGCAUCCCACGUAGUUCCGCCUCCUGUGCAGUCGCCUCUAAUAAGGAGAGACAUGCCUUUUCCCCCUGGCUCUGUGGAAGCUUCACUUCCUGUUCUCAAACCACGACGAAGACUCACCUUGAAAGAAAUCGGAACUCCAGAGGCCUGGAGAGUCAUGAUGUCGUUAAAGUCUGGUUUACUGGCUGAAAGUACAUGGGCUCUAGAUACCAUCAACAUCCUCCUGUAUGAUGACAACAGCAUCGCCACCUUCGAUCUCAACACGCUGCCUGGCCUGCUGGAGUUGGUGGUUGAGUAUUUCAGGCGUUGCCUCAUUGAAAUCUUUGGCAUUCUGCGAGAGUAUGAAGUUGGAGACCCUGGCCAGCGGACGCUGCUUGAUCCGGAUGCCUUGAAGCAAGACUUGGACAGCGUGGAAGUAGAUGAACAACAUCUUGAGGAUAUGGAACAGGAGGAAGCGGAUGAUGAAGAUGAGGAGGAAACUGUGCGACCGCCUCAUGUGAAAGAGGAGGAGCAUCAAGUGCAGUGCUCUCGGGGUCGAGAUGGGAAGACGGAAGACGACGAAAGGAAGAGCAAAGUUUCUUUAUCUGACCAGGCGGCUUCAUCGCUAUGCCUACCUGCCCAUGACAAACCCAAACAGGCCAGCAAGUUUGACAAGUUUCCCCUGAAGGUGGUACGAAAGAAGGACCCGUUUGUGGCUGCCCAGUCCAAAAAUCACGGCAAAGUGCAAGAGUUUGACAGUGGGCUGCUUCACUGGAGCGCUGGAGGUGGAGACUCAACAGAACACAUCCAGACUCUCUUUGAGCCACGCAAAGACUUCUUGGAAUCACGAGAACGAAUACCUUUGUCUACAGCCCUACUGAUGCGGCGGGUCCCAGAAGGGGACGUACGGGAAAACGGUUUACCUACUGAGGAGGAAAAUACGAAACCUGAAGAAGAAGAAGAGGGACAAAAACAGACAGACUUGGAGAAAAAUGGCUCCGUAGGGAGCAGCGACGAGGAGAGGCAAUCAGAUUCAGACGCAAAGCUUGCUGUAGGAGGUCCUACGAGUAAUCAGGAGAAUAGACCCGUUCUUUCCUCUGGAAGUGUUUUAGCCCAAAAGGCACAGCCGUUUGGUACCAUAUUGGAGGAUGAGCCCCACAGUAAGGAUGAAGGGCCGCUUGUUACACUGGCCACCUGGCAGGAUUCAUUAGCGCGUCGCUGCGUUUGUGUCUCAAAUAUUAUCCGCAGCCUCUCCUUUGUGCCGGGAAAUGACCACGAAAUGUCCAAACACCCUGGGCUGCUGCUAAUGCUCGGGCGAUUGAUUCUUUUGCACCACUGGCACCCUGAGCGCAAACAGGCCCCCCUCACCUAUGAAAAAGACGAGGAUUCAGAAGAGGGAAUGGGCCAGAAGGAUGAGUGGUGGUGGGACUGCUUGGAGCUUCUGAGAGAAAACACGUUGGUCACAUUGGCAAACAUUUCAGGCCAACUAGACCUCUCUCUCUACUCAGAAAGCAUCUGCUUGCCCCUGCUGGAUGGCCUUCUGCACUGGGCGGUCUGUCCUUCAGCAGAGGCCCAGGACCCGUUCCCUACCCUGGGACCCCAUAGUUCUUUGUCGCCCCAGAGACUGGUUCUGGAGACGUUAAGCAAGCUAAGCAUCCAAGACAACAACGUGGACCUCAUCUUGGCCACGCCACCCUUCGGUCGAUUAGAGAAGCUCUAUGGGAACCUGGUGCGGUUAAUCGGUGACAGGAAGGUUGCGGUCUGCAGGGAGAUGGCCGUAGUUUUACUUGCCAACUUGGCCCAGGGUGACACGAUGGCAGCCCGAGCUAUCGCUGUUCAGAAAGGCAGUGUGGGCAAUUUGCUCGGCUUCCUGGAAGACAGUCUGGCUGCCACACAGCUUCAACAGAGCCAGAGCUCUCUUCUGCACCUACAAGGAAUGCCCUUCGAGCCCACCAGCCCGGACAUGAUGCGGCGAGCUGCCCGGGCCCUGCUCGCCCUAUCCAAGGUGGAGGAGAACCACUCAGAGUUCACACUACACGAGUCCCGACUACUCGACCUGUCCGUGUCUCCGCUAAUGAACUCGCUGGUGUCUCAUGUUAUCUGUGAUGUACUCUUUUUGAUCGGCCAGUCAUGACAGCUAUGGGGAGCUGUGGCUCCACUUCUUGAGCAAGGGGAUUUUUCCCAAUCCCCCCUCCCCCUGGUAAAUCUGGCUUGUGCUUGUGUCCAAAACAGGGCGAGGAAAGUUCAAAAGACUGGCUUUAAUUUAUGAAAAUCCUUCAGAGUACGUUCUGUGCGCCCUCCACCGGCCAGCCUUCCUCGGGGAGGGCCGUCACAGAUGGACGGUGGAUCGCCACGCCGACAAAGACUACUUACAAUGCCAACUGGACGACACAGCAGAGCACCGAUGUUGGGAGACUGUUCCGCACUUGGGGCGGGGAGGGGUGAGGGAGAAAGUACUUUUUAAUAAAGAUAAAUAAAUGAAUAAACAAAUAGCUGAAAAACAAAAACUGUAACCAAAGUUGCUGUUUCGUUUACAGUGAGUUUGGGAGACAGUGUGCCCUAGCUCUCCCUGUGAGGGCACAGUGAGUCUGUAACGGAGGUGACGCAGACUGACAAGUGACCUACUGGUUUUAGUUGCUGUAGCUGGAUCCUCACCAGUCAGCCCGACAGUGCUGUCGAUAAACACCUUCACCGGGGAGGCCUGUGCAGUGUGCAGUAGAUUGUAGGACAUUUUCUGUACCGUACUGCUCUUGAAGUGUAAGCAUUCUGUAAAACUUGUUUCUCACAGAAGCUGAUGAUGCAGCUCUAGAGUUUUGAGGUCAUUUUAGUUUGGUGUUAAACAGAAAAUGGCUUUCUUCCCCAAAGUAUCAAGAACCUACAACACCCUUACCUCCUCUUAUCCCUUGAUUGUAUGAAUACCCUUAUGAAAAGAAAUCACCUCUUAGGACUGGUUUUCAACUUCAGAUACAGCUUUGCUGUGGUGUAUAUAUAAUGUUGUACAUUAUACUUCCUUCCUCUGUGUCUGUCUCUGUCUGUGUCACUAUUCUCACACUUGAGAUGGAGGCUAACGUGUUAGCUUGUCCUCGACCUCCAGACCCCACCAAUAUUAGGCCCUCACCUCUGGUCUCUUCACAGCCCCGUAGUAUGGCAGACACACACGACUCGAACUUGUAAUAUCCUGGUACAAACAAAAAUAAACUAGAUGAAGUACACAUUUGACAAAUUUUCUCCAGUCAUGGACUCUGCAUAUUUGUAUUUCAGACUAUGUAGCUAAGACAACAUGUAAAUUCCUCCCCUUCCCCCUUUUUUUGGCUCAAGGAAUAUCAUUUAUUCAGUAUGAAAUCUUUAUACUAUAUGUUCCACGUGGUAAGAAUAAAUGUACAUCAAAUCUUC